AUGUUACAAAAGGGACAACAGAUUACGUAUACGGAUGUCAAGAGGUACGCCAAGAAUUGGAAAAGACAUAGAGAAAACAAGAAAAUGUUACAAAAGAGACAACAGAUUACGUAUACGGAUGUCAAGAGGUACGCCAAGAAUUGGAAAAGACAUAGAGAAAACAAGAAAAUGUUACAAAAGGGACAACAGAUUACGUAUACGGAUGUCAAGAGGUACGCCAAGAAUUGGAAAAGACAUAGAGAAAACAAGAAAAUGUUACAAAAGGGACAACAGAUUACGUAUACGGAUGUCAAGAGGUACGCCAAGAAUUGGAAAAGACAUAGAGAAAACAAGAAAAUGUUACAAAAGGGACAACAGAUUACGUAUACGGAUGUCAAGAGGUACGCCAAGAAUUGGAAGAUACAUAGAAAAACAUCAAGAUGUUACAAAAGGGACAACAGAUUACGUAUACGGAUGUCAAGAGGUACGCCAAGAAUUGGAAAAGACAUAGAGAAAACAAGAAAAUGUUACAAAAGGGACAACAGAUUACGUAUACGGAUGUCAAGAGGUAAAGAUAUGGUGGAUUAUAUAGCUGAUUAUCUGAAGACGAUAAGAACGAGGCGUGUGUUCCCGGAUGUACAGCCUGGAUACAUGCGCAAUUUAGUACCGGAAACAGCGCCAACGGAAGGUGAACCCUGGCACGAUAUCUUCCGGGAUAUUGAAAGGGUUAUUAUGCCUGGGGUCACUCAUUGGCAGAGCCCGUAUAUGCACGCCUACUUUCCCGCCCUCAACUCUUUUCCAUCUCUCCUUGGGGAUAUGCUUGCGGACGCUAUCAACUGCCUCGGUUUUACAUGGGCCUCGAGUCCUGCCUGUACGGAACUGGAAACGAUAGUCAUGGAUUGGCUUGGAAAGAUGAUAGGGCUUCCGUCAGAGUUUCUCCAUAGCAACAAACAAACCAUGGGAGGCGGAGUUAUCCAGCUUACAGCCAGUGACUCAACAUUCAUUGCUUUGCUUGCCGCGAGAACUGAAGUGUUCCGAAAGUACAAAUGUUUGCAUUCGGGACUUGACGAUGCUGAGAUCAAUGCAAGACUUGUUGCCUACUGUUCCGACCAGGCACACUCUUCGGUUGAGAAGGCAGGACUUAUUGGCUUGGUGAAGAUGAGGUUCAUUUGCAGUGAUGAUCAACUGAGCAUGCGCGGGGAAGGAUUACAAGCCGCCAUUGAAAGGGAUCGCGAGGAAGGGCUGAUUCCUUUCUUUGUAUGUGCCACUCUAGGGACCACUGGAGCUUGUGCUUUUGACAAUCUAGCAGAACUCGGUCCGAUUUGUGAAACAGAAGGUUUGUACCUACAUAUCGAUGCGGCUUAUGCCGGAACAGCUUUCAUUUGUCCAGAAUACCGGAAGUUCAUGGCCGGAAUAGAGUAUGCGCACUCCAUUGCAUUUAAUCCAUCAAAAUGGCUGAUGGUUCACUUUGAUUGCACGGCUAUGUGGGUGAAGAACAGUGGGUCCCUUCACCGUACCUUCAAUGUCGAUCCCUUAUACCUAAAACAUGAGAACACCGGUGCCGCCAUCGACUACAUGCACUGGCAGAUACCACUAAGCCGAAGGUUUCGCGCUCUGAAGUUGUGGUUUGUCAUCAGGUCAUUUGGUGUGGAAGGUCUACAAGCCCACGUGAGAAAGGGAGUGCGUCUGGCUGAAAAGUUUGAAAAAAUGGUCCGAAAAGACGAAAGAUUUGAGAUACCUGCCGCGCGACAUCUGGGAAUGGUGGUGUUCCGAUUGAAGGGGGAUAAUGAUCGCACAGAAAUACUUCUAAAACGAUUGAACAAAAGUGGUAAGAUACACAUGGUACCUGCUGCACUGAAAUCAAAAUACGUCAUUCGAUUCACAGUUACCUCACAGUAUACGACAAACAUGGACAUCGAACGCGAUUGGAAGAUCAUUCAAGAUAUGGCGACUAAAGUCCUUCGAAACGAGGAGCCAGACGAGGAUGACGUGUUCGAGGAAACCCCACCAAUUCCUGUCGUCAUUGAACCGGAAGUGCUGAAAAGAGUCCCAUCGCUAAAGAAAAAGGACUAUGGAAUGAGUCUGUUGCUUAGCAACGUUCCGUCUUCGCCAAAACUUAUCAAUGGAAGCUUUGCAGCGCUAUUUGACAACAAUGACGUCAUUGUGGAAUUUGCUAAGGAAAUCACCAACAGUGAUUUUAAUGGUCGACCGAUCCGUUUGUCACCUAGACGACGAAUGAAACUCCGGGACCAGAACAGACAGAAGAGUCUCGACUGUGACGUUAUGCCCCAUCGAUCUAUCAUCAGUCGCUUUAAGCAAGCUUCUCUCGAUUCCAAGGUGGACGAGAUUCUCGAAUGGUCGACUUUGAAGGAAAUGACAGGAGGUCUGAAUGAAAUAGAGGACGGAAAUGAGAGCGGAGCCGAUUCGGAGGUGGAUCUGGGGUCAGGGGUCAAAAUGAAAGUUUCAAUCGAUUUAACGAGUUCGAGUGAAACUGAUGCUGACCCGAAUCUAGAACAAGAUGAACUAUCAAACGGGAAUGGAGUCCACUCGACCAAUGAAUCCAUAAAUGGACAUAUAGUUUGCAAACAUUGCGGUCACGUGAUAAACGGAUAA